UGAAGAGCAAGUGGAGAGCACACCGAAGCCAACAAACCAAACCAUGGAAGGACAAGGGGUGACAAACUACUCUGUGGACAAGCCAACCUAUGCCUUCAGUAGCAGCACCACCGAAUUUGAUGAUGCCCUGAUUCGAAGAGGAGUGGUGACGUUAGAGCAGGCAAUUGGAGGCAAGGGAGCAUCGGAAUCCGAAGCGCAGCGAUUGGCAGCAUUAGCCAGGAGCAGCAAGGAAAAUCCAGACAAGAGUACUACUGUCAAUAAUAGUGACGUUGAUUCGGAUGACGAAUUUCUGGACGACGAUGAUUUUAUGGCCCAAUAUCGAGCCAAGCGGUUGGCAGAAUUAAAACAGGGGGAACAGCAUGCUACCCAAUCUUCCAAAAAGUCUACAACCUUUGGGCAAGUGGUCCCCAUCCAACGCCCAGAAUGGUCUCGGCAAGUCAAUGAUGCGUCUCACAAUGCAUGGGUCGUGGUGACACUGACAUCGUCCAGCCAUUCGGAAAUCACAGCCCCCAUAGAAUCCACCAUUGAUUCACUGGCCACACAAUGUCCUUCUGUGAAGUUUGUUACCAUUCCGUCGACCAGCGCCAUCGCCAACUGGCCCGACUCCAAUCUACCAUCCAUCUUUAUUUAUAGAGACGGAAAAAUGGCACAAGAACUGGUCCAAAUGAAACAGAUAUGGACCCCAUUGAAACUCGUGGAAGAAUUGGCAUCUGCAGGAGGGGUAGAGUUUCCAGCAGAAGAAAUUGAAAAUGUCAAGGAGUACAAUGCCAAACUGAACCAAGAUCGACAAUACACGUUACGGAGGCAACUGCAGAUGGAGGAUUACGAAGAAGAAGAUGACGAUCUGGUCAUGUGAUCAAGAGGAGAGACGUCAUCAGAGAGACAUCACAAAAAAUGCAAUCAUCCAUUGCUGCCGUGACAAACUGCUACCGUAUCCACUUCCCUAUGAUCCAAGGACAAGUAUCGGCCACGAGAAACGACUGAGUCUGGCUGCUGCAUAUUCCCCUUGUCGCACAUGCAAACUACUCUACUCUACGGUUGGGCAAGGGAAACUCACAAGAACCACAGUAAUAUUGUAAUAUGCAGGAAACACCGGGUACCGUGGACUGGUGUUUGGCAAUGAAUAAUAAGCACUGCCUUGCUACGGUACGCUUGAUCUAGAUGGCUAGUUUUGUUAUAGGUGAUAGUGGUUGAGGACCGGAAUAGCAAUAAAAAUGUAUUGCUACUACCAUAGUACAACUUGAAGACAAAACCUCACUAUGCCUCUUUCACAGCGAUAAAGGUAACCCCGUCAUUUUCGUCGCCAUAAGGCCGACCAUUCUCCAUACCAUCGGUGGCUUCCUCCUCGUCCCCAUUGUUGUUGGUUGGUUGCACGGGAGUAUAAGAUGGCUCCUCUUCUUCUUCCUCUGGCAGAGGCGGCAGUGGAUCACAACACGGACACAUGUCCCCAUAGAAGAGUCGCAUCGCCAAGAAUCGAUUGCCUUCGUCAUUGGCUUUUCUCAUGGCGGCCGUUCGUUGAUUUUUGCGGGCGGUUUCUUUCUUGCGUUUCUCGCGAUUUCGUCCGGCCUCCCGUACAAUAUACUUGUACGUAGUCAAUCCCUCCUUGUGGAGUACCCAAUGAAAGUAGAGCAAUUGUAGUACCAACGAUAAUGCCAAGGCAUCAAAUGCCACAAAUCCAAUGUAAAUACCGAUAAUGGCUCCAUCGGCAUUGGCGUUGAACCAGGCAUUGGCACGGUCUUUGGAGGCACCUCCCAGUAAAAUGUCAAUAG